AUGUUUGUGCCACCAAGUUUAGGUUGGCCGAUUGUCGUUGUUAUCUGUGUAUCAGUGGGUCUUGCUAGCGUACUUGUUCUUUAUCUUGUUGUUCGUAUUCGCUCGGGUAAUAAACAACCUAGUCCAUUAGCGGGUACAGGCGAUGAUGUACAUUCUCAAAUGGAAUGGGAAGAUGAUAUUGGACUUAACAUCAUUGUCAAUCCGUUGGAAACAACAAAAAAACCCGACCAAACAACGAAUGUUCAUAAUAUGACACAGACCAUACAUAAAUAUGAAGGUACAAGUUGUUCGGAUGAAGAUGAAUACGAUGAACAAGGUCGUAAUGAGUAUUCAUCUUAUGAGGAAGAUGAAGAAUAUGAAGAGGAUGAGGAAUAUGAGAAUAAUGAAAUAAUUGCGAAAAAGAAUGAUCAUCAAUUAGAAUGGGAUGAUGAAGCGAUGGAAUGUGGACCGAAAAAAGUUUAA